UCUCAGUAAGUAAAAUAAUAUAUUCACGUUUUUUCUAAAUAAAAAAAAACAUGCCCUAUCUUCAGCCCUUAAAUAGCCUCGCCUUCGCCUUCGCCCGAACGGUCACCUGCCACCUCGAACGGUAACCUGCCACCUCGAACGAUCCUCUCUGCAAGCUCAGUUCGAACGGUCCUCUGCAACUCCUCUGCGAUAUUAUCUUCUGAGAGAGCUCAGGAAGGAUUUGAGUAGACGAAGCAAAUCUUGCAGGACUAUCCUGCGAGAUUUACCACGUGUCACAACGCGGAUGGAUUUCAGGUGCAAAUCUCACAGCUUGGUCCUGCGAGAUUUCCGUCACGCGUCACGUUCCAGUUCGAUUCCCUCAUUAAAUCUCGCAGCUCGAAGCUGCGAGAUUUGGUCUAGAAUUGCCACACGUCACCUGCCCGCUGUUUCUCUCGUUGUCACGCGUCGAAGUCAGAGCGGCCCAUGAAUUUAAAUCUCGUAGCAUGAAGCUGCGAGAUUACGUGAGAAGCUGUGAGAUUUGGUCCAGAGUUGUCACGCGUCACCUGCCCGCUGUUUCUCUCGUUGCCACGCGUCGAAGUUAGAGCGGCCCAUUAAUUUAAAUCUUGCAGCAUGAAGAAAUUACGUGAGCAUUAUUUUGGGAAAAAUUUUCCCAAUCAGAGUGUUAUUUUAUAUUUUAUUUCUUUUUAAUUAUAGAAGGGUAAAAAACUAAAACAAAAACCCCAAACAGAACCUAUGAUUUGUAAUUCCACCACUAUACUACGCCCAAAAAUAAAUAAACAUAUAAAUAAAGCUUCCCAUUUCCCCAUCAUGGCAGUCUGGCAGACUAAAUCGCACUGGGAAAAAUGGCUUUCUCCGCAGCGAUUACACCCCUGCCCCACAUCUAUCUUCCGGCCAGACGCCGGCCGACCACCCGACCAACAAUUCGAUGCUCUUCUUCUUCUUCGAUUUCGAUGAAGACCCAGUUCGAUCUGCGAACCUACUGGAUGACCCUGAUCGCGGAGAUAAACCAGAAGCUGGAAGAAGCCAUUCCCGUGAAAUACCCAGACCAGAUCUACGAGGCCAUGCGCUACUCCGUCCUCGCCAACGGCGCCAAGCGCGCUCCCCCCGUCAUGUGCGUCGCCGCCUGCGAGCUCUUCGGCGGCUCUCGCCUCGCCGCCUUCCCCACCGCCUGUGCCCUCGAAAUGGUCCACGCCGCUUCGCUAAUCCACGACGACCUGCCGUGCAUGGACGACGCGCCGUCGCGGCGGGGGAAGCCCUCGAACCACGCCGUCCACGGCGUCGACAUGGCGAUUCUCGCCGGCGACGCCCUCUUCCCACUAGGGUUCCGCCACAUCGUUUCGCGGACGCCACCGCAUCUGGUGCCCGAGCCCCGGCUCCUCCGCGUCAUCGCCGAGAUCGCCCGCGCCGUAGGAUCUACCGGCAUGGCAGCCGGUCAGUUCCUUGACAUCGAGGGGCCGCCGGACGCUGUCGAGUUUGUCCAGGAGAAGAAGUUCGGGGAGAUGAGCGAGUGCUCCGCCGUGUGCGGCGGGCUCCUGGCCGGCGCCGACGACAAGGAGAUCGGGCGGCUGAGGAGGUACGGCCGCGCCGUCGGCGUCUUGUACCAGGUAGUCGACGACGUACUGCGGGAGAAGACGCAGGAUCAAAAAGGCGAGGAGGAGGAGAAGAAAGGGAAGAGCUACGCUGGGGUUUACGGCGUAGAGAAGGCCAUGGAGGUGGCGGAGGAUCUGAGGGCUCAGGCGAAGCGAGAGCUGGACGGGUUCCAGAUGUACGGUGAUCGAGUGGUUCCUCUCUACAGCUUCGUUGACUACGCAGCUGAUAGGGGUUUUAGUUUCAGUGGGUCCACUUGAUGAUGUUUAGUUCUUGGCCGUUGAUUUGGUUCCAGUGUCAUGCAUAAAUGAAAUUUUUGAGAAAAUGUAAUGAGUAAUUUUAUUUUGGGCAAAAGUUACUGAGAAACAAACAGAAAAUAGUAACAAUAUUAAUAAGAGUCAUAUUUGCUCUCA